UGCCAAUUCCAGGUGAUAAUAUUCAUUUGCGCGCAAGUCAAAAUCUCAUAAAAAUAAAAUGAAAUGUCUACACAUUUCGCCCUACUUUUCUGUUUUUGUUCCUUAUUCCUCCUCCCAUUUACUUUGUCGCCAUACUUUUCCACUUCCCGUGUUCAUAUCAUUAUUUUUUAAUAAAAAAGCGUGGAAGUUUCCAGCGUCCCUACAACCAACCACCUCUAUAAAAGCCCGACCAAACCCACAUCCUUUAACCCACGUCUUAAUUUUUUCUCUGGUUGGCGCAAAGAUAAUUGAAAGGUUUGAUUUCGAGGUUUGGUUAACGAUGCAAGUCAUGAGUUCGUCACUGUCUUUGUCUCCCAGCUUUACCAUGUAUCAUGGAACCGGAUUUUCGGACAUCGAUGGUAACUUUACCCAUGAUUUUGGAGUUAAAUUACAGUUCGAAACCGACGAUCAAAACAAGGAACAAGAAGAGAAGACAAGCAAUCAGCCGGAAAUAGAUGAGGAAGAAGAAGAGGAAGAGGAAAACGAAGACGAAGAGUUUUCCUUUGUUUGUUUAAAUCCCGAUGGAUCCCCGAUUUCUGCGGACGACGUGUUCCAAAACGGUCAAAUCCGCCCGGUUUUUCCUUUAUUUAACCAAGAUCUACUCUCUGCGGACGAAGAUGGCCCUAUUUUGAAGUCCGAAGAGGGUGAAGUCUCUCUACGGCCUCCAUUGAGGAAGCUUUUCGUCGAAGAUUCACCGGCCACAACGUCAUCGAGCUCGUCUGAUCCGGUGGGACCGCACUGCGAGUGGAGGAGAGGUGGAAGAACCGUAGAGGAAACCUCACCGAACACGUGUAAGAAAAGCAACUCCACUGGGUUCUCCAAGCUUUGGAGGGUCAGAGAUUUGAUGCAUCGAAGUAGCAGCGACGGUAAAGACGCGUUCGUAUUCUUACACCAUCCGCCCUCUACCUCGUCGGUAAAAACUGAGAAGAAAAAUGAAAAAGAAGAGAAGAAUUUGAAGGUGAAAGAAACAGGAGAAAAACCAAUGGUGAAGAAAGAGAAGAGUGGUAAAACGGCGUCGCUGUCCGCUCACGAAAAGCUUUACGUUAAAAACAGAGCUAUGAGGGAAGGGGAUAAACGGCGGUCAUACUUGCCGUAUGGGCAGGUCGGAUUUUUUACUAAUGUCAACGGGCUGAGCAGAAAUGUUCAUCCGUUUUAGGUUUUUAAUUUAAUUAUAUCAUUAUUACUACUAAUUUUUAAUUUAAUUAAUUAAGUUGUUUAUGUAAAUCUUGGGAGUACAUGGUGUGAGUUUUAUUAGCGAUUUGGAAGGCGGCAAUAUAAAUCAAGAUUUCAAGGUGAUGUAUUCAACUUAUUCUUUUUUGUACAUAUAAAAUUUCUUAGCAGUCCAA